AUGAAGCAUGAUGACCUACUCCAGGGAUUGGUGCCUCCUGAUAACACGUCCAAAGGGCCCCUCAAAAGAAAUCUGAUGAGCCAGACUUUACAGGAGAAACAACGAGCUCGUGCAUCAGAGGUCAAGUCCAGACGUGGCGUAGACUCUGCUCUCCCUCUGAGGUUGACCAGCUGUAUAUUCCCGAGGCCUGUCACCAGAGUCACGUCCCACCCAGGCAAUGAGGUCAGGCAAAGUCAGUGGGAGGAGAAGUUGGAGAAGCCCCAGCAGGUGUGUGCAUUCAGGAGACUGCAGGGGCUCCAGGCCUGCGGGAGCACGGGAGAGCUGUUGAAUACUUUGGACUUCUCAAAUGUGUUAACUACAAUUGCACCCAGUGGUACAGGAGAGUUCCUGGGCAAUGUUGGCGAUCGGGGUCCACGUACCCACCCUGAACCCCACCCUGGCCAGCCUUCAAAUGUGGCAGAGAUCAUCCCAGGGGUGGGUCUGCGUCUCUCCCCUCCCCUCCGCGGACAGCAGGUACCUUACGGAGCUAUCAGGAACCAGUCUCGGAAAAUGAAGAAAGCGAGGGAGAGACUGGCUGUGGCCUUGAAGGCAGACCGGCUGGCCAGGGAGGCAGAGAGAGCAAGGAGCCAAGAAGAACGUCCUGAAAACUAG